AUUUGUUUAGUCACAAAUUUCUUCCAUAAAUCUUAUUAACUCAAUGUUAUGUUCCAGGGAUUUGCGCGGUAAUGAAAUCAAAGAAAUCAAGGCGGAAACCUACCGGAAUCUUUCCAGUUUAACAAAUCUAUAUUUGAAUAAAAAUAAAAUGGACAAAAUUCAAGUAGGAACCUUUGAUGGUCUGUCCAGUUUAAUGAUGAUAUAUUUGGAUGAAAAUAAUAUCGAGAAAAUUCAAGUAGGAUCAUUCGAUGGUCUGACCAGCUUAAAAUAUCUGAAUUUGGGUGAUAAUAACCUCAAGGAUAUCAAAGCUGGAACAUUCCGAAAUCUUUCCAGUUUAGAAAGGCUAUUUUUGAUUAAAAAUAAAAUCGAAAUAAUUCAAGAAGGAACCUUCGAUGGUCUGUCCAGUUUAAUGAUGAUAGCGUUAGCCAAUAAUGUCAUCAAUGAAUUAGAAGUUGGAUCUUUUCAACAUCUUUCCAGUUUAGAGUCUCUGAAUUUGAACAACAAUGAAAUCAAAGAAAUCAAGGCGGAAGCUUUCCGAAAUCUUUCCAGUUUAACAAAUCUAUAUUUGGAUGAAAAUAAUAUCGAGAAAAUUCAAGUAGGAUCCUUCGAUGGUCUGACCAGCUUAAAAUAUCUGUAUUUGAGUGGUAAUAAUCUCAAGGAUAUCAAAGCUGGAACAUUCCGAAAUCUUUCCGGCUUAUCAUCACUACAAUUGAAUAAAAAUAAAAUCGACAAAAUUCAAGUAGGAACCUUCGAUGAUCUGUCCAGUACAGGGUUGAUAAACUUGAUGGAUAAUGAUAUCAAUGAAUUAGAAGUUGGAUCUUUUCAAAAUCUUCCCAGUUUACUGUUUCUGUUAUUGAGCCGUAAUGAAAUUACGAAAAUCAAAGCUGAAGCCUUCCGAAAUCUUUCCAGUUUAAUAUUUCUAACUUUGAACGAGAAUAAAAUUACGAAAAUCGAAGCAGCAACCUUCCGAAAUCUUCCCCGUUUAGCACUGCUAUAUUUGUAUAAAAAUGCUAUCAAUGAAUUAGAAGUUGGAUCUUUUCAAAAUCUUCCCAGGUUAACGACUCUGCAUUUGUUCAAUAAUGAAAUCAAAGAAAUCAAGGCGGAAACCUUCUAUAAUCUUUCCAGUUUAACAACUCUUCGUUUGGAUGAAAAUAAAAUCGAGAAAAUUCAAGCAGGAUCCUUCAAAGGUCUGAUCAGCUUAAGAUCUCUAUAUUUGAAUAGUAAUAAAAUGGACAAACUUCAAGUAGGAACCUUUGAUGGUCUGUCCAGUUUAAGGAUUAUGAAUUUGAAUCGUAAUAGACUCAAGGAAAUCACAGUAGGAACAUUCCGAAAUCUUUCCAGUUUAACAGAACUGAAUUUGGUUAGUAAUAAAUUCGAAGAAAUCACAGUAGAAACAUUCCAAAAUCUGUCCAGUUUAACAACACUAUAUUUGGACUAUAAUCAAAUCGAAAAAGUUGAUGAAAGAGCCUUCGAUGACAUGAGCAGUUUGAUGAAACUAUCCCUGAGAUAUAAUAACAUAAAGGAAAUCAAAGAAGACACCUUCCAGAAUCUGCCCUUUUUAACAACUCUAUACUUGAGUUAUAAUGAUAUCAAGGAUAUCAAAGCAGCCACCUUCCGAAGUCAGUCCAAAUUAACAUAUCUAGACUUGCGUUAUAAUAAGAUCAAGGAAAUCAAAACAAACUCCUUCCGAAAUCUAAACAAGUUAGAAUAUAUAUUUUUGAAUGGAAAUGGUAUGGAGAAACUUCAAGUAGGAUCCUUCAAUGGCCUUUCCAGUUUAGGAUAUCUGUAAGUUGGAUAAGACUUG